AUGGCGUUCAAAGACAGACCUGACAGUUCUACUUCUGACCAUUCUAGACGGCCUGGACCAGGAUUUUCCGACGCUGGUGAUAGUAAUUACAACACCAACCAACCACCUGUCGCUUAUAGGAAUGCUAGAGAAUAUGCCCAAGCGCUUCGUCCUUGGUUGUGGCAGUAUCAGACAUGCGUUAUGCAUUCAAUGGCAGCCAACUUCGCAGUUCAGAUGCAAGCACUGUCGUUUUUGUCGUCUGUAAAUAAUAACCAUUAUUUCUCUUUACACACUACACACUCGAGACUUAGAGUUGACCCUUACGCGGAGAGAAGGUCUCAAACAAGCAACAUAAAUGGAAGCACGCCUCAUACACAGCCUCCGCAACAAGGGAAUGUUCAAGGGGUUGUCAUGAAAAUCCCAACUUUCUGGAAAAGAGUGGCUGCCGAACUGAUUGACUUCACUUUUCUUUUUUAUAUCAAAAUGAUUGUGUCAUUGUUUUUGGUGACAGAACUCAGCCUAGGAUCACAUAUAUAUUGUACCUUGUUAUUCUGCAGCUCUUUAAUCAACAGUGAUGACCUUAUUGAAACCUUCACUGAGCUGGAUUACGAUCGUGCAUUUGCCAUAACAUUUGAAGUUAUAGCGUUGGAAGUCAUCAAUCGAAUACUUAUUACAAUUUUUGAGACGCUGUGUUUAUAUCGAACUCUCGGAGCUCGGGGAGUCAUCGGUGCCACACCAGGCAAAAGAUUGAUGGGCUUGAAAGUUGUGUCCUGUGACAGUGUGCAGUGCCUCGGUCAUGGUCAGGUGUUGGUUUCUCCAGCAGGCAAUGUCAGUUUCAAAAAUGCCUUCUUGAGGUCGAUCAUAAAAAAUUUUACCAUUGCUUUCUUUCUGCCGGCAUGCCUGACCUUGUUUUUCUUCAAACAUAACCGUACAGCAUAUGAUGUUGUUGCACACACCAUAGUUGUGGAGGAUGCCUAG